CGUCAGCGCUCAACCGCAGGAGUCAAACACCCCUGACAUAACACACAAAAUCACGCUCAUUAAAAGCUCCGAGUUUGGAUUGAAUUAACAAUGGCCGAUAACCUGAACUGCAGCGCUGGGAACUGCUCCAGCGCGCACGACGCGUUUGGUUUAUCCGACGGACACUUCGCGCUCGUCAAAGCUGCAGUUCUGGGAUGCGUUUUCGUGCUGGCAACAUGUAGCAAUUUCUUCCUGCUCCACGCCCUCUGGAAAAAGAGAAAGCGACACACUCGAACUCAGCUGUUUCUUCUCCACCUGUGUCUGGCAGACCUGGUGGUCGCCUUCUUCCAAGUCCUGCCGCAGCUCUCCAUGGAAAUUACGCACCGGUUCAGAGGCUCUGAUCUGGUGUGCAGAUCUGUCAAGUAUCUUCAAGUGGUCGGGAUGUUCGCGUCUUCGUAUAUGAUCGUGGCCAUGACCAUAGACCGCUACCACGCGGUCUGCAAACCCAUGGUGUCGUUUUUUCGAGGGUCUUUCCGGAGGUACGUGUCCAUAAGCGCGGCUUGGCUGAUUUCACUGGCGUUCAGCGCGCCGCAGAUCUUCAUCUUCUCCCUUCAAGAAGUUGAAAAGGAUGUUUUCGAUUGCUGGGCGACGUUUAUCGAGCCUUGGGGAGGGAGAAUAUACAUAACGUGGAUCACCCUGUCCGUGUUUGUCCUGCCAGCUGUGAUCUUGAUGUAUUGUCAGAUCAAGAUUUGCGCAGGGAUUUAUUUCAACAUGAAGAGGAAAGCGUUGCAGGGCAGCGCUGGUGAUGGGCGCUCCAGCACUAAAGGGAUCUCCAGCGCGAUGCUGAAGACAGUCAAAAUGACUUUUAUCAUUAUUAUGGUUUAUACUCUGUGCUGGAGCCCGUUCUUUGUUGUGCAGCUCUGGUCAGCUUGGAGUCCGAGCAGCGCACCGACGCAAGGGCCGGUAUUUGUGACCAUCAUGCUUCUCGCCAGCCUCAACAGCUGCACCAACCCAUGGAUCUACCUGUACUACAGCUAAAACCUCACCGAAGAGGCUGUGAUUAAUCCAAUUCUUUCAUAAAGUGAAGUGGUUUUGGC